CUCUCAGGUGGAGGACUGCCCUCUUAGAGGGGGACAUGGCCAUGUUCCCGUGCGACCAGAGGGGCAAAGCCUGCUGCUCCGACCGCCCAGUUGUCCCAGGACGCUGCCGGCCAGGCAGACCACACAUUUCCAACAGCUGCGACCACACGGUCCGGGACAGCAGCACCCCCACGCUGCCUUCCUCUCGGCGGAAGGCAGCGAGGAGCAGGGCGGCCGUCAUCACGGGCUCGGCGUUCCAGGGCCUGCCUGUCUAUUUUGGUCCCAAUUUUAUCUCUUCCUCCUCCCUGUGGAAUUUGCCUGCUGAAAGCCUUGCCGCCAGGCUGCAGCCUCGGCAGGGAGACGCUGGGACAGGUACCCGAAGGAGGCCUUUCCCAGCAGGUACGAUGGCCGAGCGCACCGUCCCUCACGCCCACCCCAUGAGCGCAGAAUACGAGUUUGCCAACCCCAGCAAGAUUUACGACCAGAACUUUGGAGAAGGAGCUGCCCUUCACCAUUUAAGAGAAAAAAAGAAAAGUCAGGGCGUUGAUGUUGCUCCAGUUUAUGACGAUGUCUCCGACUUCCCAGUCUACGCAACCGUGAGCAAGCCCAAGUCCAUGAAGCACAAUGAUGCCAGUGUUCAUUACGCAGACAUUCAGGUCUUCAGCAAGAGCCGGGAGCGCUCCGCUGAAGAGGUGCGAAAUCUCCAGACCCAGAACGCCACCGAGUAUGCCACGCUCAACUUUCCCCGAGCCACCCUGAAGUACGACAGCAAGAACGGGACUCUGGUGUGAGAACGGAACGCCUCUUGCUGUCUUUUGCCUGCAGAAGUACGCUGCAGACGGAGAUGCUCUGGAGUUUAUUCCUGAUGUCAAUAUCUGAGCUGCCAUGGGUGGCAAACCUUUUGAGCACCUUCCCCUGGCUGAAAGGCACUGUCAUAACAGGAGCAAAAGUUUUGCCUUGGCUGUGCCAAGAAAUGGAGACUCGCUAGUCCAUCCUUUACAACAGGAGGAUACCGCGGGGGAAGCAAGCCGCGUGACGAAGCAGACACGGCCGGAAAUCCGGCAGUAAAGACUACAGGCAUUUCUAAGACUUUUCUUCCUUCCUCAAAAUCCAUUGAGCUGGAUUCCAUGAUUGUGUUAAGGAUAUACACCAGGUGAAAGCUAGAGGGGGUAUAUUGUUAAGAAAGUAACAUAAUUUAAUUUUAAAAAGUAAACAUGCACUAACAUACGCUUAAAUGUUACAGCGAGAUAUUGCAGGACAAAUGUACUGAAAACGUUUUCAUUCGAAAUGCUUUGAUCUCAGCGAUACAAACCCAUCCAUAUCAAGAGAGUUUUCUGUGCGGAGGAGUGUCCCACGUCCUUUGUUUUUUGGAAAAUUCAGGGCACAUCUUCUCAUCAUGGACUAUGCUGGUAUAAAUUCACUUUGUCCAACGUAAGGAAUGGAUGAGAUCUUCUGACACCUUACACAUUUUCUCUGAUAUAAGCACCUUAUGCGUAGAGAACACAAAUAGAGACAGUGCAGUUCAUUGAACAGUGGCAAUAGGUUUCUGGAUCAGUUCGGUAGGAUAGCUUCUGGAUCGGAAAGGUGAGCACAGGGCGGCUUUCUCACCUGGUUUUCAUGCCGCUAAGCUAUCUUGUGAAAGGUUUAUUAUGAGCUUAAAUUCAGGUUUCCCCAUCCGAAGCUUGGCUUAUUCUUUACUGCAGGUCAAGGAUGUGGGGCUUGCCAAGGCCUUUGGGGUCUGAGUGUGUGCUUGUGGGCAGCCUCAUCAUUUCAAAGAGAGCGGUAAACGGAGCCCUUGGCAGGAAAACACGGGGUUUGCUGUUAUUUGCCAUUGAUAGGAGCUUCAGAAGCUGCCUCAGAGAGAGUCAGAUCGUGGGUCCAUUUAGGCUAGUAUUGCUGAUACUGAGUGGCAGCAGCCCCCAGAGCUUCAAGCCUGGGCAAAGAGGUUCUCGCUCUCGGCUGCAGCCCUGCUCUGGCACAUUUAAUUAUGUGACAACUUGCACAUCAGACUCGCUCUGCAAAAAAGGAUAGUCGUAAGUGCUGCAAGCUUCUCUUUUUGCUUAGUCGCAGAGCGGCAACACAGAGUCCUACAGACCUGCAGGGGCUUCCUUGCCUAUUCCUGGAGCUGCCUGCUCCUGCUCCUGCUCUUCCUCACUCUUACAGCCUGUUCACCUGUCCUACCUGAGCAUGAAGGGGGAGGAGUCGGAGAGCUGAUUCCACAGCAACAGGGAGGUAUGGCCCAGGUAAGGCAGUGGGAGGCAGAGCUGUCACUUGGAGCCAGCCUGAAGCACGACCUUUAGUCAGGGCCCUGGACAGAACUGGAGGUGUUGGUCCAGAGGCGAGUGCCUGGAUCUCCGAGCCAGUGUUAGCAAGCCUCAACUGCAGCCCUAAUUCAAGGCACUUCUGCACUGGCAUGGAACAGCUCCCGGGGUUUUGUGCCCAAGAGAGUCAGUCUGAAUGCUCUUCUACCUUGAAGUGAUGCUUUAGAUCAGCUAAGCAGUCUGGUGACUUCUGCAGUUGUCAUUUUUCCUAGGGAAAAGAUGGGCAACUUUUGGCCUUCUAGUUAUUUAUCUGUAACUUAAAACUUAGCCAACAGUGUUGAUAAUAAGGCCCAGACAGCUCAAGACUCAUGGGUUGCCCGAUUCGGUCGUCUCCUCGGCUCUAGGAACCUACCUCUAAAGGCUCUCGGUUUGGGGACCUUCCACUCUCCUUCUGCACAGUGCGGUGAAGGCAGCACACAGACGGAUGCUGGCGAAGAGGACCAGGUCUCCCUCGUAACACCUCAGGCAGGGCUGGUGAGGGCAGCUUCUCCCAAGUACCUCCACACCCUGAAGCUGAGGUUGGCCAAGGAAUGAUGGGGUCAUCCACAAACAAAGGAAAUGGGGACCUCUCUGGACAGAGCCCCCUAUUGCUGACCUCAGCAACCCUGGAGGGGUCCUGUCUUUGUGAUGGAUGAAAUCGGACGCUCUCUCAAAAAAGAUUUAUGGCGGGGCAUAGCAAUGAAUGAAACCUCACACUGUCCUGUUCUGGGCUUGGCUGUGCACUGUCGGAGAACUGCACUACGCUGACAUAAAUAAAUAGCUUCUUUUAAAACUGGCAAAACAAGAAGUGGAACAUGGGAAAUUUGUUUUCCAGCCAUGUCAUUUGACGCAAGGGGGUAAACAGGGCCUUGGACAUUUUUUAUAUCCUGCACCCGAAGCAGCAGGAAUAAAAACUGUCUGCAAAUGAGCUAUGAGAAAGCUGGGACCUGCGUUUUAUUUCCAGUUGCCCUAGAGAACGCUAAGCUUGCAGAUGGAUGUAACAUAAUGUGCCUGAUAUUAGGGGAACCAUGUAUGUAACGAAAUAAUCAAAUUUUUUGUACAGAAAGGAAAAUAACACAGUGAUUUUGCCUUUUCAAGAGGUGUUAAAUAGAUAAAAUGUGAACAUUUAAUGUGUUUUGGAACAAUUUAUCUAAAAGAUGCUUUUGUAUUUUUGCACUGAUUUUUAUACUCUUCUGCUUCUGAGUUUCUGAUGCCUAUGGUUUCUAGAACUAGAAUGAGGCCAUAGUAAAAAUGGCGGAUUUGUGGUUCUUUUGCUUAGGCUGUGGGUCACAAUUCUGACAACCUCAAACUAUGCUUUCAAGAUACCUUAUUUCUAGUCUUCAAAGUAGCAGAAGGAAUAUUUGGUCUUGUUAUUGUAACAAGAGUGCUUUGGUUAAUGAUGCAGCUGGUAAGAAUAUAUUUAAUUGAUUCCUUAGUGAAAAUGAGUUGCUAUCAGUGGUAUGAAAGCUGGAGAUAUUAUUGAAGGAUGAAAGUUUCCCAUCUUAGAACAAACUGUUCAAUAUGCUUAAAUAUUUUUAGCAAUAUAGUAUAUUCUUGGUAAAUGCUGCUUCUGUAGCUGGAAUUAACUGCCCUGCUCUGCCAUCAAAACUGAAAAACAGAUACCUGUGACUGGAGUUGUUGUACAAACCAUAACAACUCAGUAUGGUGGUGUGUUUAUUGGCACUGGGUUGCAACAAGAUCUCAGCUACUCCUCAUCCUCAAAACAUUUUGAGAGCAUUUCCCAUUUUGGAAAUUGCACAAAUGGCAUCACGGAGGAAGUGCAAGAUGUUCCUCACUUGAGGAUUAGCACCGCUGAAAUUAUGUUAAUUGCAUGUUCAUGUAAACUUGCAGAUCAGCUGUCACUUUUCGCUCCGGAGAGUGACCUUGGUGCUUCACAGGGCUGUGUGCAUCUCAUGUCAAAUGAUCUUUCAAUAUCAGGUCCUUCAGCGGAUUCAUUGAAGCUGGCUGGCCCUGUGAAGCCUUACAUGCAUAGUCCCCAGAAUGACUCAAAGCAGCGACGGCAAUGGCACAAGGCAUGUUUCGUUGGUACUCCGAGCUCCAAGAAUGAGUGUAGGUGUAAUGGUUUUCCGACACCCCAGAAUGUCAUCUUCUGAGUCUAAUGCUUCUUUUCAGUCCACGACUUUCUGGAUUAUGUUUACUUUGAAUAGUAAAUGCGAGUUGAGCUUCUAAGGUCCUCAAUGGGCACGACUUUAACGAGAUGUGCUGCAGCAUUUCCAUCCUGGUUUAUACGGGGAAAAUGUAGAACUGAGUAGUUGUUACUCUGUUAAAUAUUGUAUGAAGGAAAACUAUUCCUGUUUCUUUUCAGCAAUUGCAAAGCUGAAAGACAGAGAAAUCUGUAUUUAACCUGCACUGUUCUUAUGUUGUUAUAAUGAUUUGUAUAAUGCAAAGUAUAUCAAAGAGUUAUACACAUAGAAAGGUUAGGGAAGGCCUCUGUGGAAAUUGUCCCGGGAUUGGUUCCCUCUCUCAGUAUUUAAUUAUUAAUUAAUUAAUUAAUUAAUUAAUUAUGUCUGGGUUCCUGGGUUUAGGGGCUGCAUAUUUUAUUACUGGAAAUAAAUAUUUUUAUAGCAGACA